AUGGCCCAGCAACCAGAAAGCGAGGCAUUGGUCUCCUCGCUAUGGACCAGAUCCCUCCUGGUACGAGAGCGCUCCCUUCAUAAGCUCAAUCCCUCGCAUGCCACUAAUCACUACCACCAACAGUCCGGCGCCGUCGCAGGUCUCACCGUUGACUGCUCGCUCUACCCCCUCGACACCAUCAAGACCCGCCUCCAAAAGGCACGCGAUCACACCGCACCGCAAGCAACCCGGCUCUCACUGCGCCAGACAGUCCGUGGCAUCUACGCCGGUCUCCCAUCUGUCCUCUUCGGCUCCGCCCCAUCGGCCGCAUCCUUCUUCAUCGUCUAUGACGGCGUCAAGCGCUCCCUCCUCCCUUCGUCUCCGGACUCCGCCCCCGCUUCCCGCGCUCAUGUCUUUUUCACACACUCGAUUGCCUCGUCACUAGGCGAGAUCGCCGCCUGUGCCGUACGCGUUCCGACAGAGGUUAUCAAGCAGCGUGCGCAGGCUGGUCUGUUUGGUGGAUCUAGUCUGCUUGCGCUGAAGGACAUCCUCUCCCUGCGCCACGCGCCGGUCUCCACGGCUAUUCCGGCUGCCGGUACCAAUGCCAUUAUCCCGUCGCCAGCUGGCUCUGGCUCUGCGGCCCCCGUGAAGCGGGGAUAUGGACAGGUCUUCCGGGAGCUGUACCGCGGCGCGGGUAUUACCAUUGCGCGCGAGAUCCCCUUUACCGUUCUCCAGUUCACCAUGUGGGAAUCCAUGAAGGAGAGAUAUACACAACGGUACCUCCGCCAAACGGACUCGGUGUCUGGAGUCGUCAAGCAGGAUCAGAUUCCCGCUUCCACGAGUGCGAUGUUUGGUAGUGUGGCCGGUGCCAUUGCGGCCGGUCUGACGACCCCGUUGGAUGUGAUCAAGACUCGCGUGAUGCUUGCGCGCCGGGGUGACGGUGGUGCUGAUGCCCCUCUUCGAGUGCGUGAGAUUAUGCGCGGCAUUGCGCAGGAGGGAUUCGGAGCCUUCUGGCGUGGCAUUGGGCCUCGUGUUGCAUGGAUUGGUAUUGGUGGUGCUGUUUUCUUGGGGAGUUACCAAUGGGCUUGGAAUACCCUUGAAGGUAAGAAGCAGGAGGAGGAGAAGUAG